AUGACGAGCGGCGCCGGUGGAGCCGCCGCCGGGAUCGGGGGCACCAGGGUGCCCACGUGGAGGGAGCGCGAGAACAACCGCCGCAGGGAGCGCCGGCGCCGCGCGAUCGCCGCCAAGAUCUUCGCCGGCCUCAGGGCCUACGGCAACUACAACCUCCCCAAGCACUGCGACAACAACGAGGUGCUCAAGGCGCUCUGCAACGAGGCCGGAUGGACCGUCGAACACGACGGCACCACCUACCGCAAGGGAUGUAAACCUCUUGCAACAGAGCGGCCUGAUCCAAUUGGAAGGUCUGCAUCACCAAGCCCUUGCUCCUCAUAUCAACCUAGUCCACGAGCUUCAUACAAUCCAAGCCCUGCAUCCUCUUCGUUUCCAAGCUCUGGAUCCUCCUCUCACAUUACUCUUGGCGGGAACAACUUCAUGGGUGGUGUCGAGGGCAACUCUCUUAUCCCAUGGCUAAAGAACCUUUCCUCGAGUUCCUCAUUUGCCUCCUCCUCCAAGUUCCCGCAGCUUCAUCAUCUCUACUUCAACGGUGGUUCCAUCAGUGCACCAGUAACACCUCCAUCCAGCUCUCCAACUCGCACACCUCGCAUCAAGACUGACUGGGAGAAUCCAAGUGUUCAGCCACCAUGGGCUGGGGCAAAUUAUGUGUCUCUUCCCAACUCCCAACCGCCGAGCCCUGGGCACCACCAGGUUGCUCCAGACCCAGCAUGGCUAGCCGGGUUUCAGAUAUCAUCUGCUGGUCCUUCAUCUCCAACAUACAGCCUUGUGGCACCGAAUCCUUUUGGUAUUUUCAAGGAGACCAUCGCCAGCACCUCAAGAAUGUGCACCCCUGGACAGAGUGGAACAUGUUCUCCUGUAAUGGGUGGUGUGCCAAUCCAUCACGAUGUCCAGAUGGUUGAUGGUGCCCCAGAUGAUUUCGCCUUUGGGAGCAGCAGCAACGGGAACAACGAAUCACCUGGUCUUGUGAAGGCAUGGGAGGGGGAACGGAUACACGAGGAGUGCGCCUCGGACGAGCAUGAGCUGGAGCUCACCCUUGGGAGCUCAAAGACUCGUGCAGAUCCCUCCUGA